GCAACAUCUGUCAAGCCCCGGAUCGCAUCCGUGCCACGUAGACAACCGACGUACAACCCAAUAAGAACAACAGUUCAUCCCUAUUGAAUUAUACAAGACGUCCGAUAGAUUCUAUUGUCAAACCGAUUAGUAAACACAUACAAUCAACAUCAAUAGAAUAAUCAAACAAAUGCGGAAAUAUAAUAUGUUUGAUAACUAGCCACAUGUGGCAAACACGAGCACGCAGGCUCCCAACUGUUUUAGAAGAAAAACAUUGUUCAAAUAUCCAUGAGUAGUUUAAAACUUUCACAGAAGAAUGGAAGCACGAACCACGUCUCCCUUCUUGAUCAACCACCCUAUGCAAAGGUGCAGGUAGUAGGACUUUAGCCUUAACCUGAAAAAUGUGAGGGCCCCCGGAGGGGUCAGUACUCCAUAGAAGUACUAGUGACAAGCAGGCUAUAUGAGGAAUAACUAAUGUUUCAGACAUGAGACCCAAAAAUUAGGGUGAUACACAUAUGUAUAGGUGUAACCAUCAUUACCCCAUCUACAAGAUGAUACAUACCGUAUAUACUUGUGAAAAAUACUUGACUCGUAAGUCAUUUUCAUUCAAAGAGUCUUUUAGAGAUAAGGUGCUUACCCGACCUUUCCCAUCCAUACUCAAAUGCCUAGCUCACAAGCUACAUUCUACAUACAUAAUAUUCUACCGAGUUUUAGGAUCAUUUACCAUCCCGUGGAUACUCAACCUCAACCGAGUUUUAGGAUCAUUUACCGUCCCGAGGAUACUCAACCUCAACCGAGUUUUAGGAUCAUUUACCGUCCCGAGGAUACUCAACCUAAACCGAGUUUUAGGAUCAUUUACCGUCCCGAGGAUACUCAACCUCAACCGAGUUUUUGGGAUCACUACUGUCCCGAGGAUACUGAACCUCAACCUAAUUCUUUAUCAAACCCUAAUCUGGGUAUGGCUAACCUUUCAUUCCCUUAACUAUGGACAAUACUUAGUCCUAUAGUCAGAUAAUAAUCAUUAAUAAUCAACGUGGGCGGGUCCCACCCGAACGGCCCUCGUUACACUCGUUCAAAACUGACUAUUGGGUGAAAACCCCAAUACUCGGUCGAGUACCAACCUGUACUCGGUCGAGUAUUGGAGGCAGUAGCCCCCCUGGGGCGAAUUUUCAAUGCAUACCUGAUCGAGUACUUACAUAUACCCGAUCGGGUAAAAGAGACAGUAGCCCCCGACACAAAUUUACAGCAAAUACCCGGUCGGGUAUUUGCCCGUACCCGGUCGGGUAUACCAGUUGACUUGGCGGUCAACGCCUAUUUGACCGCCCAAACAGAGUCCGAUUAACGUGAAAUUUUACAUGCAAGUAUUCCUUGACGUCCUUAAUCCAAAAAUACCUAUUUGGGUCCUUAGAACAUCAUACAUAUCGAUUUAUGAUGAUUUCACUGAUCAAACCUACAAAUCAUGUUUUCCAACUAUACUAUAUUCUUUAACAUAACAAAACACAUGCUUUAAUACCAUUAAUCAAUCCAUAAACCAUAUUCUUGAUUAAUUUAGGUAAUCUCAUGCCUUACGCAAAAUUUAUAAUGCAUAAAGUUGUCUUCUCACCUUAAAUGAAGCUUAUGAAGUUCUAGCCUUCCUUAUUGAGCUCCGGUGAAACUCCGGCGAACUUCAACGAACUCCGGCGACCCUUUCAACUCCGUGAUAGUUCCUUGAAUACCUUAGACAAGUUACUAACAAGGUUUUAUCAUCAUAAAACCCAUAUUAAUGCAAAUAACCUCUAAAAGGUUAUUUUCCGGUGAACCAGUCACUUUGGCUUCUAAGUCCAUUCUUAGACUUAGAACUACCUUCCAAUCCCUCAUACUACACUUCUAAACAUGUAGAACAAUUCUAGGGGUCCUUCAUAUGAUAUGAAAGUCAUAUGAUAAAAAGGAUUGGAGAAAAGUUAGCAAGAAGCUUCUCACCUUUAUUCUCAAGGUUUUCCUCUACUUUUGCAACUCUUUCUUCUUGAUUUAGCUUCUUGCUUGUUUGAGCUCCCUUCAACAAUAG